AAAAAUACAAUUUAAGUAAAUAUUAAAGAAACAGAAAAAUGGGAUCAGAAUGUUAUUAUGAACUUCUAAGAAGAUCCCGCUUAAUAGCACUUCCACAACCCAUUGGAAAAAGAACAGCAGAAAAAUAUUAUCCAACGCAUCAGAUCAUAAGAUCUCCUUCCAGUUCUCAUUUUAGAGGAAACUGGGGUCUUAAGCGUGAUUUGCCUCAAGUGAAAAGCUCAUAUAUUUCUAUUGAUUCACUCGAUACAUUAGAACAUCAAACACCUUUUGAAAGCGGCAACAGUGAAUUUAAUUUUCUUGAACGCUGGAAGGAAAUGAGAAUACAUUUGUAUACCACGAAGACAAGAAAGGAUGACACAAAAGAUAUAAAAAGUUAUGAAAAAAUGCAUAUGAUACCUAUUUCACCUUUUAUAAAACUCAGAAGUACUACAAAAAAUUCUUUACAUAAAAAUAUAUCAGAAAUGUCUCUUAAAGAAUUUAAGAAUUAUAUUAAAAAAUUGAAAACAAAAAAGCAAUGUUUUAUAGAUUUUAUAGAACAAAAACAACAAGAAGAAUCAUUUAAAGGCAAACAGAUAGGAGAAUCACCACUUUUUGAAUCAUUAGGAAUACAAAAAACACAUCUUUUAAUAAACGAAUAUAUUAAAAAAUUCUUAAAUAUUCCAGAAAAUAAUCAAAAAAUUCGGAGAACUCUUCCAAAUUCAGGAUUAGAUUAUCGUCCUUAUGGCUAUCUUUCACCCGUUAUAGAAUCUAAUAAUUCAAGAAAAAAACUAUUACCAGCACGCAUAUUAUCUAUAAAACCAAAUGAUAGGAAGGUUCUUUUUGGCGGAAUAGUUGCACAUGUUCUAGGAAAAACUGAAAUACCCAAUUCUAUCAAUGAAAUGAAAGAAAUCCGUGAAAGUGUCGUUAAUGUAACACCUAAAUUUGCACAAAUAUCACCGGAAGGAAAACUAGAAGUUUAUGUGAAAUUUACAGAUAGUACUAAAAGUCCCCAGCUAAUUCAACACAAGAAAUUUCAAAAAAGAGAGUUGUAUUAUGGAAAACAUUUUUAAUAAUAUCAAUUAUUUAAUAAUGUAAUAUAUAUAGACAUAUUCAAAAUAAGCCUAGUUUUAAAAAUGAUAGAAAGUUAAUAUUUUUAAUGUUUUUAAAUAAUUUGAAUAGUUGCUUCUAAAAA